GGCUUGAGCCACCGCGCCCGGCCAAGAAUAGUUUGGUAGUUUCUUAUAAACAUGCAGGAGUGUUUGAGGAUUCGCUUUGUAUAUUUAAAGUUGGAGUUUGUUGCUAAAGAUGGCAGACCCAGAUGUCCUCACUGAAGUUCCAGCAGCAUUGAAGUGGUUAGCCAAGUAUAUGAUCCAGGGAUUUUUGGGCAUUGAGCAUGCCUUGGCCUUGGAUAUCUUGAUCAGGAACCCCUGUGUGAAAGAGGAUAUGCUGGAGCUGCUCAAGUUUGAUCGGAAGCAACUUCGAUUAGUUUUGAAUAAUUUAAAGGGAGACAAGUUUAUCAAAUGCAGAAUGAGGGUAGAGACUGCUGCAGACAGCAAAACCACUCGCCAUAACUACUACUUCAUCAAUUAUUGUACUCUUGUUAAUGUGGUAAAAUAUAAAUUGGACCACAUGAGAAGGAGUAUUGAGACUGAUGAGAGAGAUUCGACCAACUGGGCUUCCUUCAAAUGUCUUCUCUGUAGUAGUGCUUUCACAGACUUAGAAGCUAAUCAGCUCUUUGAUCCUAUGACAGGUGAGGUUUAUCCAGUUUGUGAAUCUUUAAAAUAAAGUGUGUACUACCCUUUUUCUUAAAUUGACUCAUCUAAUUUUUAAACCAUCAUAUAUAUUAUAGAAGUGAAUGGAUCAGUGUAAGUCACAGCAUACAGUCAGUCUUACUGUCCUGUUUGGCUGUCGCACUUCUUUGAGAAGCCUUUGCAAAGCCUUUCUCCUUCACAAGGAAGUUUCUCACUUAUGGCCUUCCAACUUCUGCCCACCCUUCUUGUUUACAACUGCAGCCUAAUCUGAAGGGUUGA